AGGUGGUGGGAGCUGUGGAUUUGAUCUUCAACCACAAGAAGCCUAGCAGGGAGAAGCAGACCUGGUUUUUGAGCCCCGGCAAAUGGAGCUUUCUGACUAAAGGACUGAAGCCUUUUUAAGUUGUCCCUGUCUGCAUCGUCUCUGGACAGUGUUCUCCCUCUCUACUGCUGCUCCAGGCCUGCCCAGCUAUGCGCCAUGGCCAAGCAGCCAUUUCACAGCUGUAUAACAGAACAGAUACUUCAUUGCAUAGGGACCGCAUCCACCUGAAGAUUGUCCGGGCUAAAUCAGAACUGUCUGGCCUGGAGCGAGCCUAUCUGCGUGCUAUCGAGAAGGGAGACUACGCUAGUGUCAAACAGGCCCUAGAGGAGGCAGAGAUCUAUUUCAGGAUCAACAUCAACUGUGUUGACCCACUGGGACGCACAGCACUACUCAUAGCCAUUGAGAAUGAGAACCUGGAGAUCAUUGAGCUUCUUCUUAACUACAAUGUGUUUGUGGGAGAUGCACUGAUGCAUGCUAUCCGGAAGGAGGUGGUGGGAGCUGUGGAUGUGAUCCUCAACCACAAGAAGCCUAGCAGGGAGAAGCAGGUGCCACCAAUCCUGUUGGAAAAUCAGUUUUCUGACUUCACCCCAGACAUCACCCCCAUUAUCCUGGCUGCACAAACCAACAACUAUGAGAUUAUCAAGUUGCUGUUGCAAAAGGGUGUAUCCAUACCUCACCCACAUGCAGUGUGUUGCAACUGCAUUGAGUGUUUGUCCAGCUCAGAUGUGGACAGCCUGCGUCACUCUCGCUUGCGCCUCAACAUUUACAAGGCCCUGGCUAGCCCUUCCCUCAUAGCCCUCUCCAGCGAGGACCCCUUCCUGACUGCCUUCCAGCUCAGUUGGGAGCUGAAACAGCUCAGCGAGGUGGAGAAUGAGUUCAAGUCAGAGUACGAGGCGCUCUCCCACCAGUGUAAGCAGUUUGCCAAGGAUUUGCUGGACCAGACUAGGAGUUCCAAAGAGCUGGAAACGAUCCUCAACUACCGGGAUGACAUCAACCCUCUGUUGGUCGAGAACACCAAUGACUUGGCCCGUCUGAAGUUGGCCAUCAAGUACCGUCAGAAGGAGUUUGUUGCUCAACCAAACUGUCAGCAGCUGUUGGCUUCUCACUGGUAUGGCGAUUUCCCAGGCUGGAGAAGACGCCACUGGGCAGGGAAGUUCAUCAUCUGUUUCAUCAUUGGCUGUCUCUUCCCAGUCUUCUCCCUCUGCUACCUAAUCUAUCCUAAGAGCAGUUAUGGCCUCUUCAUACGCAAGCCCUUCAUCAAGUUUAUCUGCCACACAGCCUCCUACCUCACCUUCCUUUUCCUCCUCCUGCUGGCCUCCCAGCACAUUGUGUCUACACACCCUAACCGUCAGGGGCCGCUGCCCACAACCGUGGAGUGGAUGAUCCUGCCCUGGGUCUUAGGCUUCAUAUGGACAGAGAUCAAGCAGAUGUGGGCUGAGGGCUUCCAGGACUACCUCCAUGACUGGUGGAACCUGAUGGACUUUGUCAUGAAUUCUUUGUAUCUUGCCACCAUUUCUCUAAAGACUAUUGCUUAUGUGAAGUACAGUGGCUUCAAACCCAGAGAGAGUUGGGAGAUGUGGCAUCCUACCUUGGUGGCAGAGGCCUUGUUUGCCAUAGCUAACAUCUUCAGCUCCCUGCGGCUCAUCUCCCUCUUCACUGCAAACUCCCACCUGGGACCCCUGCAGAUCUCCCUUGGCCGCAUGCUGUUGGACAUCCUCAAGUUCCUUUUUAUCUACUGCCUGGUAUUGCUGGCCUUCGCAAAUGGGCUCAACCAGCUCUACUUCCACUAUGAGACAGACGAAGGAAAGGAUUGCAAGGGAAUUCGAUGUGAACUCCAAAACAACGCUUUUUCAACGAUGUUUGAGACCCUGCAGUCUUUGUUCUGGUCCAUAUUCGGGCUCAUCAGUAUCUAUGUGACCAAUGUGAAAGCGGACCACAAGUUCACUGACUUUGUGGGCGCCACCAUGUUUGGCACCUAUAGUGUCAUAUCCAUGGUGGUUCUGCUCAACAUGCUCAUCGCUAUGAUGAACAACUCCUACCAGCAUAUCGCUGAUCAUGCUGACAUUGAGUGGAAAUUUGCAAGAGCAAAGUUGUGGAUGAGCUAUUUUGAAGAGGGAGGGACUUUGCCGCCCCCUUUUAACAUCAUUGCCAGUCCAAAGUCCAUCUGGUCCUUCAUCACAUGGUUAAAGGAACACAUAAUCAAAAGGACACAAGCCGUAAAAACAGAGAGAUUUGGAAAGAUGGGGAGACGGGCUGCUGAAAAUGUGCGAAUUAACCACCAGUAUCAGGAGGUGCUGAAACAUUUGGUAAAGAGAUAUGUUGCUGCAAUGAUCAGAGAUGCCAAAACAAAGGAAGGGCUUACAGAAGAGAAUUUCAAGGAGCUGAAGCAAGACAUUUCCAGCUUCCGAUAUGAAGUCCUUGGGAUGAUGAAGGGAAACAUUUCAGAUGGUCGAUUAGGUCAAGAAAGUAACAUCAGAUGUUCUACACCAGACAAUCAAUUCACACCCUCCCCCACAUUUCCCACUGCCAAACCUCAGGGCAAAAUCCACCUCUUUAACGUCACUUCCACAAUCCUGCAGAGUGCCACUGAAACCUCCACCUCCCAAGCCUCUACCAAACUAGCCAACAACCCAGUAUUCCCUAAGCUUGUUCCCCUAGCUACAGAAGUCAGGCUGGUCUGCAGUGACUAUCCCAAUGAUAUGUCAGACUUGGGGCAAAAGAACAAGUGUCCAGACCCCAGCAGUCAGGUGUUUCCUGUGUCAGAUGAGCCUGGGGAGUCUGAUGAAGACCAGCGGGGCUGCAAUGGGGGAUGCGGGGUGAGAGGCAGAGCCAGGAUGUCAGAGGAGCAAGAGAAGGAGGUUGAGAAUCAGAAAAAAGAAAUCCGUCCAUGGAAGCCAAUAUAGAUAUUUUCCAGUCAAUGACAGACUUACACCAUUAACUUAACUGAUUUACAUCAGUGAUUUACAGUAAAAAGAAAUGGUGGUCUGUUUGUUUACAUUGUGUCACAGAAGUUUCCCUAUAUGACAUUGUGAUGUUGACCACUGAUCAUAAUGAUGACCAAAUAUAUAUGCAAAUGAGAAAAUCUGAACUUAACAUCAACAAUACUGAAAGAAGGCAUCAAAAUACUAUACAAAUGAACAUGUACAACAGAACUUCAUGUUAUUUAAUAAUAGCAUUUUCAACGUUUACCCGAGCUGUUGGAUGCACACACUGCAUUUGUUUCAAAAUGUCUUGUCCCUUUGCCGUGCACUAAUGAAACACUUGUGCAAUGUAAAGAGGCGCUAUAUAAUAUAAUAAUACAAAAUAAUAUUUAAACAUUGAAAAAAAACAUUUAUUACAAUGAAAAUAUCAUUAACCAUCAUUUCUAUCAUGUGUACACUGUGAAGAAGUAUCAGGUCCUAUCUGGUCUGUUUGGACGGAGUACUAUCAGCUGUGAAAACAAAGAAUUUUGGCAGUAUUGUUGAAAAGCAAAAAAGCAUGUAACAUUUCACCGCUAGGUGGUGUACAUUGCAUGUAAAAAUACAGUAUGGCGGUACUUCCAAUUCUGUAUGUUCACUUUUUGUUCGGGUUAGAUUAGAUUUGUGGCCAAAUAAUUGAGAUUGCCACACACAUGAAUCUGGAGGAUUCUCAAUCUCCAUCUGCUCUGAAUUCUACAGCUGCUAAAUCUGGAGCACAUGUUCUGUGUUACGUAAAAAUGACUUACAACUUACAGAAGUUUGGGGUUCACAAAGGUGACUCCCCCCGUACUUCUGUGAAAAAAACUGCAUGUCAUCAAAAUGACAAAUGUCCCUCAGACAGCAUGCCUUCUUUGCUUCCACAUGUUUUUUUUCUCACCAUGCAAGUAUGUCUAAAGGUAUAAAGACAAAAAGAAAAUUACAAACUACAAAGACAAUUGUAAUAGUAUUCUGAC